AUGAGCUCGCCGCAGAAGAAGACCACCGCCGCAACAGAGGGUAACCUCUCUGUUGCUCAGUACCAUGAGCGCCAGCAGGCAAAGCGCGAUGCGCUCGCUGCAAAGGCUGCGGCGGGGACAACCCAGCCGGAGAUUGUCCUCGAAGGUUCCUCAGUAGUCAACGACGCCGUUGACUACGAGGACGACGACGUGGAGAUGGAAGAGGGCGAAGCCUCUUCUAGCAAGCGCAAGGAGUCUAUCGACAGCGAUAGUCUCGACCCGCAUGCCGGGUCGAGACGCCCUCGUGAAGGAGACGACUCGGACGCUUCGAGCUCGAAGCGUUCGCGCGGCGAGAGCGACACUCCGCUCUCUGCUGCUGGGGCUUUAAGCUCCCCGCAGAUCGCAGACCGUGUGGGCAACACCGUGCCUCCAAAUGAAAUUCUGCUGUACGUAUGCAGCGGGAUCCACGAUGAUGCUGUGGCGGAGGAGCAGCACUUUGAUCCAUCAACGAAUCAAAGGCGCGAUUACUAUAUCGGACUCUAUCACGAGCUCCGAUACUUCUCCAGCAAGAAGACCUCUUCUCGCAGCAAAAUGCCUGAGUGGCAGGCACUUUGUCAAAGUUGGAAUGCUUUUGUUGAGAACUUCAACAAGAAGCCGGCUGCUUAUCGUGAGCGGGUUAAGCAUGCCCGUGAGCGCUUCGAGACAUUCUCGACGCGCGGGCGGCUGGAGCAGCCCCACAGAUCCUCUGUGGACGCUGGAAUUCCAUGCGCUGUGCCCGAAGGCCAACAGUGCACGUUGUGUCUUUCGGGCGCGGCGCGCUUGAGCGACCGCGACCUAAACGGGUACACGACGAUUCGUGUACCUGCAAGUCUCAAGGAUCUCCGUGCCAAGUUCUUGGCACGUGAGGAACGCGACGAUCGUGGGACCUCGGGCGCUGUAGGUGACCACAGCGCUCGCACUACCUUCACGUCGGCAGUGCGUGGUGAGCUGCGUACGCCCUCACCAUUUCCGGAACGUCCUGCAGCAGGACGUCCCGUGGCUCCCAUGUAUCUUGGUGGGGCGAAAACCCUCUCCAACGAAUACGAUAACGAACCGGCUGCCGGUUCGUUUUCGGGAUACUAUGGUUCACAAUACGCUCAACAAUCCAGCGUGUUGAGCCGCGGGCGUCGCAGAUCGGAGGCGGCGGUGGUGGGAACACGCCCCGGGUAUGGUCAACCUGGGGUUGACCUUGGCCCGACGCUCGAGGAGCGGGUCGCUGCUGUGGAACAGCAUCAGAGCCGGGAGUUCGCCGCUCUGAAGCAGGAGGUGGCGACCCUGAGGGCUCAAGUCGCUCAGGCUUCGCAGACCGCGUCGGACAUCUCUGUCGACGUGGGAGGUCGCGUCGCACGCUUGGCCCAGCGCGUGAACGCGCUGGAGCAGAGGUUCGCUCCCGCUGGGGCUUCCGCUUCGGGCCAGCCGAGCUAG